UGCAUUGUGGUUGGUGGAGAGUGCGGAACUGGGCAGGGACUGAAGCUAUGUUUACUACCGGGGAAAGGCGCUUUAACCGUCUGUUCAUUCGUACAGCUCGAAACGUGCGAGAAGAUUAUUGUGUGGGCUGUUUGUUUGUUUAUCUGCUGAAACGUGAUGAUGAAGGCUGUACUGGUGGUGCAUGGCGGUGCGUGGGCUAUACCUGACGAGUUGGCGGAGGCAUCAGUGGCUGGGGUGAAAGCUGCUGCUUGGGCAGGGGGUAUUAUCCUGAAGAGGGGGGGAUCUGCACUGGAUGCUGUUGAAGUGGCCGUGAGAGUGAUGGAGGAUAAUCCGGUGUUUGAUGCAGGUCACGGCUCUGUGCUGAAUACUGAUGGAGAAGUGGAACUUGAUGCCAUCAUCAUGGAGGGAAAAACGCUGGGCGCUGGUGCUGUUUCUUCAGUUAGAAACAUUUCUAACCCUGUUAGCCUUGCCCGUGCUGUGAUGGAAAAGACUGAGCACAUCAUGUUGACAGGCCGAGGAGCGAACCUGUUUGCAGAGAGCAUCAGCGUUCCUACAGUCCCAACACAGGCUUUGGUGACGGAGCAGGAGAGGAAAGAGUGGCAGCACUACAAGAAGUACACUGUUGGUGUCAAAGAGCUUUUUAACUCGCAGUGUGUCCAUGACACAGUUGGAGCAGUAGCUCUUGAUGCAUUUGGGAAUGUUGCCUGUGCAACCUCAACAGGAGGAAUCAGGAACAAAAUGGUGGGAAGAGUUGGAGAUUCUCCUUGCAUUGGAUCAGGUGGAUAUGCAGACAAUAGGAGUGGUGCUGUGUCCUGCACUGGCCAUGGCGAGUCUAUUCUGAAAGUCACCUUGGCCAGGCUAAUCCUCUUUCACAUGGAACAAGGAAAGUCAGCGUGUGAAGCAGCUGAAUGCUCUCUGCAGUAUAUGGCUGAGCGUGUUCAGGGGAGAGGAGGAGCCGUAGUAGUGUCUCCCACCGGGGACUGGAGUGCUAUGUUCACCACAGCGCGCAUGGCUUGGGCCUCUUUCACGGCCGAACGUCUCCACUACGGUUUAAACCCAAAAGAAACAUUUGAGGAAACAUUGAAUUGAUAACACAUUUGUUGUGCUUUUUUUUGGACAACUCAAUUUUAUGUGACCAUGCUAUAGAAGAAUGAAGGAAUAAGCUCAGGAAAAAAUUAUUUUCAUUUUUAAUUUGCUCACUUAGGUCUGAAUUUAAUUUGAUAUGAUUUUUAAAAGAAUUUUAAGAAUAUGUGGCACUCUGUCACAGGCAAGCAUUUUUCACCAAGCAAGGCUGUAACAGAGCCAUUUUUCUAUACACAAUAUCAUCAACAAUGUUAAUUCUGAAGCAGAUUUAUUAUUUCACACUUUAUUCUUAUUUCAGCUAUUUCAUAGCAAUUGAGUCACAUGACCAGAUGUUUUCUAUUGUCUAUGAAGGACUGUUUCAGACACAUCACAUUCAUAACACGUUUAAUUACCGUUUGCACAGUGUCAUGUACACUGAUCGACCAUAACAUUAAAACCACUAACAGGAUAUAAUAACAUUGAUUAAUAAUACUGAACACAGAAGAACAUUGAUUAUCUCGUUACAAUGCCAGCUGUUACUGGAUGGGAUAUAUUAGGCAGCAUGUGAACAGUCUGUUCUCAAAGUUGAUGUGUUGAAAGCUGGAAAAAUGGGCAAGAGUAAGGAUCUGAGUGACUUUGACAAGAGCUAAAUUGUGAUGGCUAGGGUAUCUCCAAAACAGCAGGUCUUGUGUGGUGUUCCUGGUAUGCAGUGGUUAGUGUCUACCAAAAGUUGUCCAAGGAAGGACAACCGGUGAACUGGCGACAGGGUCAAGGCUCACCGAUGCGCGUGGGGAUCAAAGGCUAUCCCGUCUGGUCCAAUCCCACAGAAGAGCUACUGUAGCUCAAAUUGCUGAAAAAGUUAAUGCUGGCUCUGAUAGAAAGGUGUCAGAACACACAGUGCAUUGCAGCUUGCUAUGUAUGCUGCCUCACCUUACAACUUACAGGACUUAAAGGGUCUGCUGCUAACAUCUUGGUGUGAGAUACAACAGCACACCUUCAGAGGUCUUAUGGAGUCCAUGCCUUGAUGGAUCAGAGCUGUUAUGGCAGCACAAGGCAACCUACACAAUAUUAGACAGGUGGUUUUAAUGUUACGGCUGAUCGCUGUACACAAGUCGCAAAGCUCAGGUAAAUUUUUAACAUGGAACAUUAUAAGGCACCCAAUAUGGAUGUAUUCUUUAAUCUGGUUGUACGUGACAGGAUUCUCUAAGAACGUCUGCCAGAUGGCAAUCAGGAAAAACAGAUUGUUUGUGAAGAAGCAACGAUGUAUAGACCUACACAACAAUUAUUUAUAUCUACGCAUAUUUGUUGUUUUCAUCCAAGUGAUAUUUUAUUUUUAAUACCUUUAAGGACCUUUUAAGGUGCUUAUUAAUUAUCUUUAAAAAUUGCUUGAAUGGUAAAAAAAUAAAAAGUUAUCUCCAGCCCCCCCCCCCAUUUUUGUUCUGUCCAUAAUGCUCAUAAACGGCUAUAUUUCUGACAAAUGUAAAUUAAUAUCUUAUGCUUGAAAAGUAGCCUAUAUGCUUUCUCAGUACUGUAUGAAAUGUCACAUGACCAGAUAUAUAUAUUUUUUUUAAAGUCCAUGAAACUGUCAAUACUUUAUAUCAUUAUUGUUGAAUUUUGUAACAGCUUUACAUUAACUGAUUAUUUUUUUUCCAAGAAAUACACUUCAUAGGCUUUUAAUCUAUUGCUGUACAAUAUUACUGUAUUGUACUAUUACUUUACUGUUUGUCUCUCUCAGGAACCAGGAUUCAACUUGAUUUAACUUGAGAAAAUCUACUAGUACAAUAUAAUCAUCCUAAAUUACAUUGUGGUUCUAACUUCUGUGUUAUAAAAUCGUUAUCCCAUUACAGUUUAUUCAUAUUUCAUAGUGCUUUACAUUCAACAUUUUCUUGGACCAGUCCAGCUCUUCUUGUUAAUCACAAUAUUACAUUUAAUGAUUUACUACUCCAUUUGCAUUUGAAUAGGAUUUAGAUACAUUUUCAAACUUGCUUUACUUCAAUCUCAUUUAUAUAGAAUAAAUAAUUGAAAGCACCUGUAAUGAUGAUUCAAGAUCCAAUUAGUAACAUCAUUAAAAAAAAGAAAAGAAAAAAAGAAUGGCUCAUAAUGAAAUCUGGCACUAAAGGUCUUCUUCAGUAGCUCACAUUUAAUAGGCUUAUCUUAUUGAACUUCAGUAUAAAGGAAAUCAAAGUUAGCCGAGUCAUUAGCUUCACUUUUUGGUCUUUCUUUAAAAAAAGAGAAACCCGUAUUUGAAUAAUGACUGAUGAAAUCAGUCCCAUCCUGAGAGCAGGAGGAUGAAUACAUUUUUUUUUUUAAAGGCCCGAGUUUGUAUCUCCCCUAAAAAUAGUUUAAAGCAAUUUACUUUCAUACAGUUUUCUCCAGAGUGGCUUUUACUUUUCUCAGACUGGGAGAGCCAGAUGGUCCUGUAAAAUCAUAUGCACUGUUAUUUGCUUAAAUGUGAUCCAUAAAAUGUUUAAAAUCUCUAUAUGUUGAACAUAUGCAAAGAAGUUUGAAAUCAUAUAAUAGAUAAAUGGCAACCGAAGGAAAAUGCUGAAUUUGAAUGUAGUAAUGGUCUUUUAUAUUUCCCAUAAAAGAACCAUUUUUGUUCUUUCUUCAGACUAUACCUUUUGCAGAAG